AUGGCUGAGUCACUGCCUUCAGAAGCCGAAAGGCUUUACUACCCCGAGUCAGAUGUGGAGGAUUUGGAAGGAUACAGGCCCGGCGGGUACCAUCCAACUCUCAUUGGAGAUACCUUUUGCGGGGGUCGCUACAAGAUAGUUCACAAGCUUGGAUUUGGUGGUUAUUCAACAAUCUGGCUCGCCCAUGACCAGCAGCUCCAGUGCUAUGUAUCACUGAAGAUACUUGUUGCAGGAGCUUCACAGGGCAGUAAUGAGGGUGAAAUUCUCUGUCUAUUGGCAAAAGGUACACUGAAUUGUUUUGGAAGGCGGUUUAUCCCAACCUUGCUUGACCAGUUCUCUUUUGAUGGUCCCAAUGGGCAUCAUCUGUGCUUGGUAGGAGAGCCUGCCGGCUGCAGCAUAGCCAAUUCGAAGGAGAACAGUACAAACUUUAUGUUUCCACGAGAUGCUGCCAGAUCCAUUGCUGCCCAGCUCAUCAUGGGCUUGAACUAUCUGCAUGCGAACGAUGUAUGCCAUGGAGAUCUCCAUCUGGACAACUUUCUUCUUCAUGUCCCAGGCUUUGACAAUUUAAGUACAGCUGAACUGUACAAGCGCCAUGGCAAACCAUAUGAGGUUCCUACCCGGCGCCUUGAUGGAAAGUCUAGUACACCCCAUGCGCCACCGCAUGUCAUUUAUCCCAUGAUUUGGAACAUGCCUGCGAAUGAGGUGAUGGAUCCUGAGAUUAUUAUCUCAGACUAUGGGACGUCUUUUAUUGCUUCAAAAACGCCGUCUCCAACGCUUCACACGCCUGCCCUAUAUUCCCCGCCAGAAGAAUUCUUCAACGAACACAUCACCACUGCAGCUGAUGUAUGGACGCUGGGUGUUGUUCUAUAUGAUGCCAUGGGCGAACGGCCUCUCUUUGAAACCUUUUCAUGGGAUCCAGACGACAUCAUUGCUGAGAUGGUCAACACCUUGGGACAACUGCCCGCACGAUGGUGGGGCUCCUGGACUAACCGCUCUGAGUUCUUCAACCUAGAUGGUUCAUGGAUCACCAACUUCCAGCGCAUCGGCACACCUGUAUUCCGUCGUCUUCAUCAACGGAUGUGGGAUAUGGGCCGGGGUGAGACGCCGGAGACCUGUGAAUGGGAUGUUGCUGGUGGCGAGCUUAAAGCUCUAGAGGAUAUGCUGAGGGCUAUGAUGGCAUUUGAACCAGUGGAAAGACCGACGGCGAAGCAGCUCAUGAUGUCUGAGUACAUGGUGAAGUGGGCCAUGCCAGCGUGGCAGAGGCAGAUGAAGCGAAAAUUACCAUCCUGA